CUUAUACAAGGAAAAUGUAUCUAUUAUUGAAAAAUUGCAUGAAAUAGAGAAGGGAAAGUGAGUUUCUCAAAAAUUCCAGCUUAAUAUUCCUGAAAAACAAGUGUCUUUAUGAUGUAAUUUUGACAGCAUGUUCAUAAUUGGGUCACUAGCUGUUUUUUUUUCCUUCAAAUAUGUAAGUACUAAACAGAUUGUUGGUUGACAGUGUCACACCUGUGUGUGCGGGACAGGAGCGUCCUGAGGCAGCAGAAGUGCCGGUGGUGGAGCGGCGCAUUCCGGCGCACACCCAUCAUAUUUACGCACAGAGAAACAGGAAAGACGAGCGAAGGUGGAGUCUUUCUGCUGCGGGGCGGUGCUGCUCUGAGCUGAACACCGCAAAAAAAGAAAAAAACCCGAGGAGGUGAAGCGUCGAGAAGUCUUCUGUCAUCUGUCAUGAAGGGGCUGCGGCUCAAAGGACCGUCAGCGCAGCUUUUCUACCAGACUUUGGGCUUUUCCGCGUAAACAAGGACUGCUGCUGCGCGGCGGAGGCUGGAAGACGCGACGAACCUUUGGGUGCAGCCUGACGGACACAUGGACGAGCAGAGGAAAAGGCCCAGUGAUGCUGCCUGCCUCCGUCUGUCGAACCUCAGCUCCAAAUAGUUUUGUCAGCAGCUAUCUGAACACGCCCGAGGAGGAUGAUGAGACCAUGAACACGGAGGGGCCAGAAACCAGCAGCGUCUGCAAACUGGACUCCGCCCCUCACCUCCCAAAGCACGCCGCGGCCUCUGAAGGCCCCGCGCUCAGCAGGCAGAGGUGGAUGGAGGAGCAGGACCGGGCGCUCCAUCCCGCCGCCUCCAGCCUCUUCUCAUCGCAGCUCCCUCACAGCCUACCGGCCGGCUACUGCCAACCCACGCCCUUCCCCAGCCAGGUCAGCCUGCUCCACCCGAGCUUUGCCAGCAGCGGCUCGGGGUACCCCAACAGCCUGCCGUCCUACCUAAACCAGAAGGACGACUUCAGCUGCUCAGAGAAGAGCUGCUUCUCCAAGUCGGUGUCCCUCCCCGGACAGCACGGCGGCAGCAUGAGCAGCUUCGAGCAGCCCAUGUCUCUGCGCUCCAACCCGCCGUCAGCCGAGUUCUAUCAUCACACCUUCUCUCCGUACUCCUGCAUGCCGCACGGACCCGUCUGCUGCCCCCAGCACCCCGCUGACGCCUUCAGCCGGAGGCCUCCGCAGCAUCCAGCCUACAGCCCGUUCUAUCCGGGGGAUUGCAGACUUCCAGACCCGGGAUUCACACAGCUCGGCCGCAGCUCUCCGGCCAAAGAGCGACGCCCGGCUUACAGCAUGCCGCUGUCUCUGGAGCAGAGGAGGGUUUUCGUGACAUACGAGGCGGACGAUGACAAGCACGUCAACGAGAUCAUCAACUUCGUGGCUUUGUUGCGACACAACGGCUUCGACACUCAUAUUGACAUUUUCGAGCAGCAGUUCAGGAGCAUCAGCAAGAUCGACUUCAUGGAGAGGUACCUGAGUGAGAAAGAAUACCUGAUCAUCAUCAUCAUCAGCCCCAAGUACUACGAGACAGUGACCGCCUCCCCGUUUGAGCUGGAGAACGACGAGAGGAUGCUGAACACGGUGUACAUCCACAAACAGCUCCAGAGCGAGUUCAUUCAGAACGGGAGCAAAAACUUCCGCUUCAUCCCUAUUCUGUUCCCAGGAGCCAAAAAGUGUCACGUCCCCAACUGGCUGCAGAACACGCACGUUUACGCGUGGCCGCGCGACCGUGACGACAUCCUGCGGCGGCUGAUGAGGGUGGAGAAGUACAACCCGCCGCCCAUCGGGGAGCUCCCCACCAUCGUCUCCAUCCCCAUUUAGAGAGUGAAGGAGGACCACACAAGGCUGCUGCUCCACACGCAGGAUUCCAACUGUUUGGGUCCUAAAAUCCCACUGGUGCUCUCAGGGUUCUCCACAGGCGCGCAGCAGCAGCAGCGUUCAUUUGAGCUGCCGUCAGCCUCUGAACUGGACAAUUUUAUUUCAUUUGCUGUUUAAAUGUUCCCCUCACUGGAUUUUUUAAGGCACUUCUAAAGAAUCUGCUGUACGUUUUUCUGUGUGUUCUGCUGCUCUGUCCUUAGAAGAACGUGAAAUAAUUCAAAUGUGCUGUUUGGAGUAUCGGAAACAUCUGCAGAAAAGUUGACUUAAUUCCAAACAUGCAGGAACGUGUGUUUAUUUGGCCCCAGGGCAGAGCAGAGCAUUUCUGAAAGUACAAAAAAUGUUUGUGUGCUGGAGUGUUGCGGGAGGGGUACCUUUCUUUAUUGUCAUGGAGAAAUCCAUGGCCUUUUUUUUUUUAUUCCCACAUGUUUUUAUGUCAUUUUGCCAUGAGGGGUAAUAAAUAUUUUCAGGAGGAGGAGAUGCAGCUGAAA